AUGGCUGAUAACAUGACACCGACAGAUUAUAGAAAGAUUAAUGCUUCCCUGUAUGAUGCUCUGUCUGAAGGAGAUGAUAACAAGGUGUGUCAUAUAUGCAAAACCUUGCCAGAUGGCCCUCUGCGCAAGCUAACCAUACAUGAUGACACUGUUCUCCACAUCACCAGUUACCACAAGCGUAAUAAGCUUGUUCUUCAACUACUCGGAAUGCUACCUGAAGACCAACCCAACAUACUCACUGUAAAAAAUGAAGCCGGAAAGACCAUUCUUCAUUCCACAGCCACCAACAAUGACACAGUCGAGGCUGCUGUUGAGAUGCUGCACCGGGCUCCCUCUUUGCUCGCCAUGACCGAUAACCUCGGAGAGACGCCUCUUUUCCGCGCUGCCCGUUAUAUGGCAAGUCCAAGAUUUUCUAUUUUCUCCAAGCGGAAAUGA